AUGGAUGAUAUAUGGCGAAAUAUUUGGUCAAAAUUAUCCGCUCGUGACCAAUUACUUUGCAAACAAGUAUCAAAGCAGUGGAUGAAGCGAAUACGUGAAUUAUGCCUGGCAAGGCAAACGAUAGAUUCCGAGGUUUUAUACCGAUGCGGAAAUUCUGUAACAACAUUUCGUUUUGGUAUUGACCGCAAAUUCGUUUGUGGUUUUAAUCCAAGAACCACGCUUGACCCCGGCGUUAUCCUAAAACUUUUUCGUCAUUCACCAAAUUUAAAAAAAAUCGAAUUAUACGGUGCAUUCCUUCCACCAAGUCUCUUCACUCUAUUCGACCUAAUGCCGCAAUCGCUUGAGGUACUGAGGAUCAAUUCUUGUGUCAUUGAUGCCACAGAAUCUGGGACUAUUCGCAAUGCGUUAAUAACAGUAUUCCGAAGAUGUUCUGGAUUGAAAGAAUUUACUAUAAUAGUAUAUUAA